AUGAUUAAGUGCAGCUAUCAUGAUCAAAACGAAGGCAAUUACGUAUGUUUCAGUGCUCUCUGCAAAGAUAGGUUCAAGACUUUGUGUCUUCAAUGCAUAGGAUAAGAUAUGCAUAAAAUUCAUCAAUACUGUUAGUUGAAGGAGCUAUUCGAGAAAAUUAAUGCAUAGAAGAUUCUUAAAAAAAUGAAAAAUGAGGAGAUUUUGUAGGAGAUUACUAAUGCAGGUAAUAACAUUUGUGAUAGGAUUUAAGAAGAGAUAAACAAAUUGCUAGAAUUAAAAUAAUAGCUUUAAAAAAGCAUUUAAUUGAUAGUCAGUCAUUUCACUGUGCAUUUAGAUUUAGAUACAGGGAUGGAGCAUGAUGAUCCCGCUUCAAAAUGUACUAAUAAUGAAGAAGUUGAGACAUACCUUUAAAGCAUCAUUGAUUUUCAAAGCUAUUCUUUAGAUUUUUAAAUAGACUCCAAACAAAAUUUUUUAGGAGUUUAGUUAAAUAGCAUAAAAAAUUUAUUCUCUUCAGAAAGGUUUCAGUUCUACAAGUAUCCACUUGAAAAUUUAAAAGAAAGGAUUUCCGAAGUUAGAAAAUAUUGCAAUUAAAUAAAUCAAUCCCAGAGCGAAUUUGAGAUAAGCCUGAGAAAAAAGUCUGCAGCUGCCAAGUGUUCAUCAAGUACUUGCAUAAAUUCUAAAGACGCCAGUAAUUGUAAUGGCCAUAAAUCACACGAGAAGAGUUAAAAUAACUCUGGUAAAAAACUAAAUCAGUUAAAUAGUACUGAUCAGAAUCUAUACAAUAAUAAAACAAGGAAGAUGAGCAUGCUUUUAAAAGAUUCUUUAUUUAAAAAUGGUCACUUACAGAAUUCGACUUGUAAAGAAGCAAUUCUAAAAGUGUAUGAUAAUCUUAAUUUUUAAGUAUUGCUUGAGGAUUUUAUGAAGGAGCUAGAGUCAAAUUCUUUGGAAUAAGUAAAAUUACUUGUAUUCUAAGAUAAAUAGACAAUUUCAAGCUAGGAUAUCAAUAAAAUCUUGAAAAAAAUACAACUAAGAAGCCAAAAUUUGAUUGCUUUCAAACUCUAAGCUAAUACAAAAGUGCUCAAAAUGUUUGAUAAUGAGAAGAUUUCAAACUGGCUCAAUAAAAACUAUUAAAAAACCUUGCAAGCUUUUGAUUUAAGUCUUGUCUUUACCAAAGUUAAUGAAUAUGAAAACUACUUGAAUAUUUUAUAAUAAUUAAAUCUUUAAAACCUUUAAGAAAUUCACUUAAAUUAUAUUCUAAGCUCAAUUCCAAAAUAUGAAAGCUUAUUUUAGAAGCACCAUAAUUUAACAAAUAUAAACUUAGAUAUAUUAUACUCUCUUCCUUCACAAGUUGAAGAGUUUUUCGAAGCAUUCUUUUACAAUUAAAUAAAAUCGCUAAAAAUAACUUCACUUUAUCUUAACUUCAAUAUAAAAAAUGGAUAGAAAGGAAUCGAAUAUCUCUCUUCAUUUUCUCUUGACUGUUCUUUUCUAUAAUACCUUAGUCAUUUCCUAAGUUUAUAGAAAGAUACUUUAAAGGUAUUCCAAAUCUCAGAAAACGUGAGAUUCAACUCCUCCUUACCCCUCGAGUCUUCGGUUUUUGUUGAUCAAUUAAAUAUUCCUCAAUUGAAAAGUCUGAGAGUUUCUUUUAACUUGAUUGGGGAAGAAGAUGCAAAGAGUCUUCUGUAAUAAAUUGAAAAAAAUUUUCCAUAAAUUUAAGAAUGUCAUUUAUUCUAAGAGUUUGAUUAAUUAUUUUAAAGUUCAAUUUCAAAAAAGAUGCUUAGCUAUUAAAAAAAUAAAAUGAUUCAAGUAUUAGCGAUAUUAAAAUGGAAGCUAAUUCAUUAUCCAACAGAAAUAAUAAUAGACAUAUUAAAUAUUGUCUAUAACUAAUAAAAAAUAUUUGAAUUGGAUAACAAUUUGAAUUAAGUAGGUGUUAUUUCAGGAAAGCAACAAAAUACUAAUUAUGCAAGUUAGAAUGAAUGA